GGCUUCACCUUGGCCGGCACUGUCUGCAGGAGACUCCCUUUGGAUUCCAAGGCUCAAAGUCGGAAAAUGAGAUACAAGACUUCCUUGGUGAUGAGGAAAAGAUUACGGCUUUACCGAAACUCCCUGAAAGAGUCUAGUAGCAGCUCCGGACACCAUGGCCCCCAGCUUGCUGCCGCCUCCAGCUCCUCGGUGUUCCCGGGCCUUCAAGAGCAGCCGCCCCAGGCCUCCCCCAGCGGCACUUUGAACGAACUCCUGCGUCUGGGGUUCCCUGGAGACAUGUACGCGCGACCGGAACCCUUUGCGCCGGGGCCAGUGGCCCGCAGCGACGCCCUGGCAGCUGCCGCGGCCCUGCACGGCUACGGGGGCAUGAACCUGACCGUGAACCUCGCCGCGCCCCACGGUCCCGGCGCCUUCUUCCGCUACAUGCGCCAGCCGAUCAAACAGGAGCUCAUCUGCAAGUGGCUGGCAGCGGAUAGCCCCGCGCCCCCGCGCCUCUGCUCCAAAACUUUCAGCACCAUGCACGAGCUGGUCACACACGUCACCGUGGAACACGUCGGCGGCCCGGAGCAGGCCAACCACAUCUGCUUCUGGGAGGAGUGUCCGCGCCAGGGCAAGCCCUUUAAAGCCAAAUACAAACUUGUAAAUCACAUCCGCGUGCACACGGGCGAGAAGCCCUUCCCCUGUCCUUUCCCGGGGUGUGGGAAGGUCUUUGCUAGAUCAGAAAAUCUCAAAAUACACAAAAGAACUCACACAGGCGAGAAACCUUUCAGGUGCGAGUUCGAGGGCUGCGAGAGGCGCUUCGCCAACAGCAGCGACCGCAAGAAGCACUCGCACGUGCACACGAGCGACAAGCCAUACACGUGCAAAGUGCGCGGAUGCGACAAGUGCUACACGCACCCCAGCUCGCUGCGUAAGCACAUGAAGGUGCAUGGGCGCUCACCGCCGCCGCCUAGCUCUGGCUACGACUCCGCCACGCCGUCUGCCCUCGUGUCGCCCUCGUCGGACUUCGGCCGCGAGCCCCCGGUGGCCUCCUCGGCGGCGGUGGUGGCGCGUGGCGCGGACCUGAGCGAAUGGUACGUGUGUCAAGGCGCGGGCCCCGCCGCAGCUGCCCCCGCCGCGCCCCCAAACCCCCAGACACCACCUGGCCCAGCCGCUGCCGCCGCCGCCGCCGCCUCCGGUAUUAGGGCUGCUGCUGGGGUUGCCGCUUCCGGUACACAGACUGCUAGUCUAGGCGGGGUUACUGAGGCUUGA